GUGCAGGCCGACCAGCGGCCGCUGGCAGGCCGCAGGGUCGACCUGGAGCAGUCCGUCAUCAACGUUGGCUUCAUGGUGGAGUUCCCGGAGAAGUUCAAGGACCUCGUCGCCCACGGAGGAGCUUCGCCGGACCUCUUGGCCGCCUUCUCUUUCGAAAUGAUUCACUACGUGACUGAGAUGAUGAACGCCAGAAUUAACAUAACCUACCAAUCGUCCUACGGCCAAGUCUCGGGCAAGACCGUACCUACGCAGGGCCUGUUCGGGAUGACGGUUCGGAAGGAAGUGGAGAUUUGCGGGUCUCCCGUGGCGAUGUUCCUCGACCCUGUUCGAUUGAAGUAUUUCGAAUACACCAACGUGUUCGUGCCGGUGGAAGGCGUCAUCGUGUUCCGCGCGCCGCCCCUCUCGUACGAGACCAACGUGUUCUCGCUGCCCUUCCCGGUCACGCUGUGGGCCGCGGCGGCCGCCGUGAUGCUGCUGUGCGCGGGCCUCCUCACCCUGGUGACGCACUCGGAGCGCUCCCUGGCCGCCGCGAAGGCCGGGACGGCCGGGAAGGCCGGCCCCGACUUCGGCGACGACCACGCCGAGGACCACGCCCUGCACUCGGGCGCCGACGCGCUGCUCAUGACCGUGGCCGCCGUGUGCCAGCAAGGGUACUCGACGGACCUGCGCAGCGUCCCCGGCCGCAUCAUCGUGCUCAUGAUGCUGAUGCUGCUGCUGCUGCUGUACACGUGCUACUCCGCCUCCAUCGUGGUGCUCAUGCAGAGCACCAGCACCAAGAUCACCCACUACAAGGACCUGCUCGACACGCAGAUGAAGUUCGGGCUCGUCAACACCCCGUACAUCGUCUUCUACGUUUCCAAAGAGACGGAACCAGUGCGCCGCAAGCUGUACACGGACAAGGUCCUGGAGAACGGGCGCGCCAAGCACCUGUACAACGUGACGGAGGCCGUGCGCAAGGUGCAGCACGAGUACUUCGCCCUCAACGGCUUCAAAAACCUCAUCUAUGGCGCCAUCAGCCGCACCUGGACCGAGGACGAGAAGUGCGGCCUGGUGACCCUCGGCAGGGACUUCGUGAGCGUCAAGGACCCGCAGAUCGCCCUGGCCAAGCACACGCACAACGCCGAGGCCAUAAGGAUCAUGCUGCGGCGGAUCGUGGAGCGGGGCAUCCGGAACCGCUUCGACCGCAAGUUCACCCACGCCAGGCCCACCUGCUCCAACAACGCGGCCAGGUUCAACUCGGUGUCGCUGACGGACGUGCGCGCGCCCUUCCAAAUCCUGCUCUCCCUCAUGGCGGCCUCCGUGGCCGUGCUGCUGGCCGAGCUGGCGUGGCACCGCCGCCAGGACGCCGUUCGCCAGCGCAGGGCCGGCGAGCGAAGGCCGGCGUUCGUCGAGGCGAUGGCCCCCGUCGCGGUCCCUGCCCGCGACUAG